AUGACUUGGAAAGCAAAUGAGACCACUGUGACUGAAUUUAUUCUCAAGGGCUUCUCAGACAUGCCUGAAAUGAGGCUUAUUAGCACCACGUUUUUUCUUUUCAUCUACCUCUUUGCCCUCCUGGGGAACAUCUCCAUCGUUGCAGCUGUGACCAGAGACACCCACCUCCAUACUCCCAUGUACUUCUUCCUGAAGAAUCUGUCCUUCUUGGACAUGUGCUAUACCUCGGUCACUGUCCCCAAGGCACUGAUCAAUUCACUUACGGGCUUCAAAGUCAUUUCCUUUAGGGAAUGUGUGGCUCAGCUCUUUUUGUUUGUAAUGCUGUGUGCUUCUGAAUGCUUCUUACUGACAUCCAUGGCAUAUGACCGCUGUUUAGCCAUACACAAGCCUCUCCUCUAUGGUGUCAUUAUGAGCAGAAAGCUGUGUACAGAGCUUGUCAUUGUGGCCUGGUCGAGUGGAGCUCUCUAUGCCAUAUUUCACACUGUUAACACCUUCUCCCUCCUGUUCUGUGGGCCCAAUGUCAUUGACCACUUCUUUUGUGACAGUUCUCCCAUCAUGAGACUCUCCUGCAGUGAUUCGCACACCAAUGAAGAGGUUGGAUUUGCAGUGGGUGGGUGCGUCAUUCUUGGUGCCUUUGCCCUCACCAUAAUCUCGUAUGUUCUCAUCAUCUCUACCAUUGCUCAGAUUCACUCUGCUGGUGGCCGUCAGAAGGCCUUCUCCACCUGCUCCUCUCACCUGGCCACUGUCAUUCUGUUUUAUCUCACUGGGAGCUUUGCUUACCUGACACCCACUUCCCACUACUCUCCCAUUCAGGGACGGUUAGUAUCUGUGUUUUACUCUAUCCUCACACCUAGCCUGAAUCCCAUUGUUUACUGUUUGAGAAACAUAGACAUGCAGAUGGCCCUGAAAAAGCUAUUUGUUCCCUCUAAGUAG